AUGGUGGACCUCCUGCUCCGGUGUCCGGCCCCGGGUGCGAUGGGGGAUCCCGCCGAGAAGAAGCCAGGCACGGCCACGUGCGUGGGCUGCGGGAGUCAGAUCCACGACCAGUUCAUCCUGCGCGUGUCCCCGGACCUGGAGUGGCACGCCGCCUGCCUCAAGUGCGCCGAGUGCAGCCAGUUCCUGGACGAGACGUGCACGUGCUUCGUGAGAGACGGGAAAACCUACUGCAAGCGGGACUACGUCAGGCUCUUCGGCGUCAAGUGCGCGCAGUGCCGCGUGGGCUUCAGCAGCAGCGACCUGGUGAUGCGCGCGCGGGACAGCGUCUACCACGUCGAGUGCUUCCGCUGCUCCGUGUGCAGCCGCCAGCUGCUGCCGGGCGACGAGUUCUCGCUGCGGGAACACGAGCUGCUGUGCCGGGCCGACCACGGGCUCCUGCUGGAGCGCGCGGGGGCCGGCAGCCCGCGGAGCCCCGGCCCGCUCCCCGCGCGGGGCCUGCACCUGCCAGAGCCCGGGUCGGGCCGGCAGCCCGCGCUGCGCCCGCACGCGCACAAGCCGGCGGAGAAGACGACCCGCGUGCGGACGGUGCUCAACGAGAAGCAGCUGCACACCCUGCGGACCUGCUACGCCGCCAACCCGCGGCCCGACGCGCUCAUGAAGGAGCAGCUGGUGGAGAUGACCGGCCUGAGCCCGCGGGUCAUCCGCGUCUGGUUCCAGAACAAGCGCUGCAAGGACAAGAAGAAGUCGCUGCUCCUGAAGCAGCUGCAGCAGCAGCAGCACAGCGACAAGACGAGCCUGCAGGGCCUGACCGGGACGCCGCUGGUGGCGGGCAGCCCCGUCCGCCACGAGAGCGCCCUGCAGGGCAGCGCGGUGGAGGUGCAGACCUACCAGCCGCCGUGGAAAACGCUCGGCGAGUUCGCGCUGCAGAGCGACCUGGACCCGCCCGCCUUCCAGCAGCUGGUCUCCUUCUCCGAGUCCGGCUCCCUGGGCAACUCCUCCGGCAGCGACGUGACCUCCCUGUCCUCGCAGCUCCCCGACACGCCCAACAGCAUGGUGCCGAGCCCCGUGGAGACGUGAGGCCCCGGCCCGCGCCGCGGACCGCGCAUGCUCCCUGCAUGAGACUCGCCCGCUCAGCCCAGCCCAGCGCCCCCGCCUCCGCACCCGGCAUUAUUGUGAUUUAACGAGAAGGUUCGGAGGGGCGUCCGGACGGACGGCCGCGGGCCCGGGGCGCACCCGCUCUCCCGGGCUGGAGAGCCCCGCUCCGAGGACCUGGGUGUUCUCAGCCGCGGGGGGACCCGAGGGGCUCCGGCGGGGACCGGACGGAGGGCCGGGAGGAGCAGACCUCCGCCCCGCAAAGCGCAUGGCUGCCGGGGGAAAAACGGAAACGGGACUUACCUUGAACGCGUUUAAA